GACGUGCUCCUGAGGUCGGUUCUCCUUGUUCACGAUGUCGAAGCUAGUUGGUGAAUGGAAACUCGAUCGAAGUGAGAAAUUUGAUGAAAUAUUAGCAGCCCAGGGCGUUGGGUGGGUGCCGAGGAAGAUGAUAACGAUGCUGUCACCGACCCAUGGAAUCAGCGAAGAUGAGGGUUGCUGGACCUUGUCGAUGAUUUCUCCGAUGAUGACAAAAGUGACAAAGUUUAAAAUCGGUGAACCCUACAAAGAUGAAGGUUUUGGGGGUACGGGCGAAAAGAUGAUGGUGGCUUCGAUGGAUGGUGAUAAAUUGAUUUUAAUGGCUGUAGACAGACCUGAAGAGAAUUUAGUGACGACCAGGGAAGUGAUGAACGAAGAGUUGGUUAUCACUAUGAAGUUAGGCGAUGUAAUCAGUAAGAGAUACUUCGAGAAGAUCAAGAAAUAAUCAGUUGGCCAUGCAGUGAUAUAGUACGUAUUGUGUGUACGUGCAUUCCAGUCAUUGACAUCAGUCGCGUUUCAUCUAAUAUUCUUGAUAAUUAAUGUAAAAUUCUCGUAUGACCAGUGUUAAACAUAGAACGAAUUA